GAACAACGACGAUUGAUAGCAAUGGAGAGCACAUACAAGUUCAAACAUAUACAACCAUAUUUAUCAAAAUAUCCAAAGUUAUCUUUAUCUUUAUUUCAAACUUAUCACGAUUUGAGCUUAUCUCAGAAGUGGUAUUCUAUUGAUUUCAUUGAGUUAGAAGAAUUAAAGUAUGUCAUUUUAGUUGGGAAGAAGACAAUGAAGCACAAUGAUACAGUUAUAAUACCAACCAACAUUUACGACAAUCUAUCUCUAGAUUUAUUAAACAAUAUCAUAAGUUCUACCGACUAUUCAAGAGAUGUACAUUAUAUUAGCAUAGUAGGACAAGAUUCAAGUUGCGUCUAUUAUAGAAUACAAGCAGGAUUAAUGAAACCAGACGAUUUGAGAGUUUUGUAGACUCAUACAAUCUUGUAGCUCAACCACCAUCAGCUCAACAAUGAGCAACCACAUUA